AUGGAAGAGAAAAUUUAUCGUCAGAUUUUCUUUACUCCAACAAUUAAUGAAGAAAAUAUUAAUCUUUUAAAUAUUGGAAUAAAAUAUUCAAAAUUAAUGAAAAUUGCAGUAAGAAAAGUGAUGGGAAAAACAGGAAAAGAUAGCGAUGAGGAUGAGGAAUAUUUGAUUAGAAGAAACUAUGAAGGUAAAAUAGAACAUGUUGGAUCAAGUAAAGGCAAAGAGAAGCAAAUAGGAGAUGAAGAAAUCAAAAUUGAAAAAGAGGAUUUAAUCCCUACCUUUGCCGAAUUUUUAUGCUUAAAAUAUUUCAAUGGAUAUGGAAAGAAAAAAACAUAUAGUAAUCAAGAAAAAGAUGAAAAAAGGAAUAAACUACUUGGUGAUUUAAAUGAAAAAAUUUCGAGAGAUUUAUUAGAAAUAUACAAGAAUAAUGAACAAUUUCAAAAAGAUUAUUCAAACGAAAGGGGUGUUAAAUGGAGAUUUAUCAUAUUUUUUGAUUUAAAAGAUUAUAAAAAAGUAAUAGAAAAAGGAAAUCCACUCCUAAUUAAUAGUAAAUUAAUUUAA